CGUUUAUUAUACAGCACAAAUGUGCUUCCGCUUAGAAAUAGUAAACAACAUGAACAAACACAUUUCAUAUUUUAGUCGAUGUGCUUAGAAGAAAACACUUAAACUUAUAUUUGUGAAGGAAUAUGACUGAAUCCUAACAGAAAUAUGCCAUUGUGUUAACAUAGUUGAUUAUAGAUGCUUUUCAAUGGACGAAUGGUAAAAGGUUUUACUUGUUGAUAUCUUGGACUCUUGAUCUCCUCAGACUCCUGUUCUGAGUUCUGAAUAGUUGUUAUCCGGUAUAUUUUGAUCAUGGAUAGUAUGCAGACCGGUAGUAUGCUUGAUACAGAGACGACAGAUACUGAAGCGUUGUAUAACCAACUUCUCCUCGAUGCUGCUUCCAGGGAGGGAUUCCAAAUGCCUCCUGAUGCAGCAAAACAAAAUGUUCUUCAAGUUGUACCAAAACCAGGGUUUUGCUUGAAGACCAAAGAUGCUGAAGGAAAGAAAGCAUUCAUCAAUGUUUGUCACGCUGACAAUGUCCCAGCUCCAAAAGAUAUGACAGAUGAUGAACUCCUCAAGUUGUUGGAUUCUGAAGAUCCUUUUGGAUUUCGUAUUCCAAUGAGCCUCGGAGAACCUCAUGCUGAACUGGACAAAAGUGGAAGUGGCUGUACAGCCUAUGAUGUGGUAGUAAAUCCAGGCUUUCUAGAAAAGAUGAAGAAAAGUGAGAUUUUUCGGGCCUUCUUCCUGUCCGUCACGCUGGAGGGCAUCGAGGAUAAAUACAAUCAGACCCUCAGUCGAGACUGGGUUCUACUGAAGAACAAAAGAUUUGUUGGAACUUUACCAGAACAAAAUAUCAGGGCCGAGUCCAAACCGCUCAUCACAGAGAUGGACAAUUCAGCACCAACAAUACCAAAAGCCCCUAAGUUGGAUGCCCAGGAUCUUAAAGCCAGGGGCCAGACACCCGAGUACAGGAUAGUACAGGACCCUGUAGACGGCCACCCGGACUAUUUGGUUGCAGAAAUCAACUUACCCAAAGUUAAAACCGUAAAUAGUGUGACAUUGGACAUUGGAGAGGACCGCAUCCUUCUGGAGACGAGAUCCAAUGUAUACUACCUGGAUAUUUAUCUACCGUUCUUUCUACUACAGGACGAGUGUGGUGCUCAGUUCAACAGGAAGACUAGGAUAUUAACAAUAACAAUGCCAGUCCAGCCGUCAUAGCGUUGAUACAGCCAGGAUAUAUAUAUGACGGUGGAGAAGGACUUAAGGAGGUGAUGAAGUUGACUGGGAUUGUCUACAUCACCAACCGAUAAUAAAUCGGAUAGCUACCAGCUGGCACAUCACAGUAACUCAUGCCACGGGUAAUUCACAGUGAACAUUGGGAUGAUUUAGUGUAUGAGUGUUGGGGGGUAGAAGUGGAGGAGCUGUUGAUUAUUAAAUAUGUUUACCCUUUGUCUUUGAAGCAGGGUUUGUGUGAUACUAGAAGACAGGUGAUCACUAGAAUCUAUAUUUCC